AACUACAACUUCAUAGUCAAAAUCGGUCCAUGUCAUUGACAUUCACAUUUCAGCUCAGCUUCACAGUCUCCAAAGCUUCUCCAAAGCUCCAAGCUCUCCAUUCCAUUCUUCAAUUCCACUCAAAACCGUCUCUUUGCUCCUCACUGCAUUUGAUGGCGCCCAAACCUGUAACCAUUCAACUUAUCAAAUCUUCCUUCCCAACUGGGGUCUCAAUGAUCGCCUCUAUGGCCUCAUUGUUGCCGCUUCCUCUUCUAUUUAUGAAGAGGCGUAUUCUAGAAAAAUCCGUAGUCUGGCCAAGGGACUUACUGGAGGAGCACCUGCCUUUGUCUUCUUGCGGAACUCACCAUUCCUUCAAUGUUCUUGCAUUUGCUUCUCACAUUCUCUAUCUGCCCAUUUUAAACAAGAGCAAGAGAGGAAUAGAAAGAAGAAGAAGAAAUCCGUGCCCUGGCUUCUGUUGCCUCUCACUGAAAACAUAUAUUAUCUCUGCAUGAGAUUGAGAUACAAAGCAAGUUGCUGUUGAGGACCAGAGGGGAUAGCUUGCAAAAUUUUCAGAAUGCCAAAGACUGUGCUGCUGUUUUUGAGUCUGCUUACGUGGGUUGGUUCUACAAUAGGCGCCGUGACUUAUGACGAGAAAGCCAUCAUCAUUAAUGAUCAGAGAAGAAUUUUGAUUUCUGGCUCUAUUCAUUACCCAAGAAGCACACCCCAGAUGUGGCCGGACCUAAUACAGAAGGCAAAAGAUGGAGGGUUGGAUAUUAUAGAGACAUAUGUAUUCUGGAAUGGCCACGAACCUUCUGAAGGCAAGUAUUACUUUGAGGAAAGAUACGAUUUGGUGGGGUUUAUAAAGCUGGUGCAGAAAGCAGGCUUAUAUGUUCAUCUCCGGAUCGGUCCGUAUGUCUGUGCGGAAUGGAACUAUGGUGGAUUUCCUAUUUGGCUAAAGUUUGUUCCUGGCAUCGCCUUUAGGACUGACAAUGAACCUUUCAAGGCGGCCAUGCAAAAAUUUGUUACUAAGAUUGUCGAUAUGAUGAAGUUGGAGAAGUUAUAUCACACCCAGGGAGGACCCAUUAUUUUGUCUCAGAUUGAGAAUGAAUAUGGACCAGUGGAAUGGCAAAUAGGUGCCCCAGGUAAAUCUUACACCAAAUGGUUUGCUCAAAUGGCGGUAGAUCUUAAAACUGGAGUCCCAUGGGUGAUGUGCAAGCAAGAGGAUGCUCCUGACCCUUUGAUUGACACCUGCAAUGGGUUUUACUGCGAAAAUUUCAAACCAAACCAGAUUUAUAAACCUAAAAUAUGGACAGAAAACUGGAGCGGUUGGUACACUGCAUUUGGUGGUCCAACUCCUUACAGGCCACCUGAAGAUGUGGCUUUUUCAGUCGCAAGAUUCAUACAGAAUAAUGGCUCUCUCGUCAAUUAUUAUGUGUACCAUGGAGGAACUAACUUCGGUCGAACAUCUGGUCUUUUCAUUGCCACUAGCUACGACUUUGAUGCUCCAAUAGAUGAAUACGGCCUAAUAAGGGAACCGAAAUGGGGACAUCUAAGAGAUUUGCACAAAGCCAUCAAGUCGUGCGAACCUGCUUUAGUUUCAGCAGAUCCUACCAUUACAUGGCUUGGGAAAAAUCAAGAGGCUCGUGUUUUCAAGUCAAGUUCCGCAUGUGCUGCUUUCCUUGCAAAUUAUGAUACAUCAGCUUCUGUUAAGGUCAACUUUUGGAAUAACCCAUACGAUCUACCGCCAUGGUCGAUCAGCAUCCUUCCUGAUUGCAAAACUGUUACUUUCAACACUGCACAAGUUGGGGUUAAAAGUUACCAGGCAAAAAUGAUGCCAAUUAGUUCAUUUGGGUGGCUGUCGUACAAAGAGGAACCUGCCUCUGCUUAUGCUAAGGAUACAACAACCAAGGCUGGGUUAGUGGAGCAAGUAAGCAUCACCUGGGACACAACAGAUUAUUUGUGGUACAUGCAAGAUAUAAGUAUUGAUUCCACUGAAGGCUUUCUGAAGAGCGGAAAAUGGCCACUUCUCUCCGUCAAUUCGGCAGGCCAUCUUUUGCAUGUUUUCAUAAAUGGCCAACUAUCUGGAAGUGUAUAUGGGAGUUUGGAGGAUCCCGCAAUAACUUUCAGUAAAAAUGUUGAUCUAAAGCAAGGAGUUAACAAGCUUUCCAUGCUGAGUGUUACUGUCGGUCUUCCGAAUGUUGGCCUGCAUUUUGAUACUUGGAAUGCUGGUGUUUUAGGCCCUGUCACGUUGGAGGGUCUGAAUGAGGGCACUCGAGACAUGUCUAAAUAUAAAUGGUCUUACAAGGUUGGUUUGAGUGGAGAGAGCUUGAAUCUUUAUUCUGAUAAAGGAAGUAAUUCUGUGCAAUGGACGAAAGGCUCAUUGACUCAAAAGCAACCCCUCACAUGGUACAAGACCACUUUCAAGACUCCAGCUGGUAACGAACCAUUGGGUUUAGAUAUGAGCAGCAUGAGUAAAGGUCAAAUAUGGAUUAACGGUCAGAGCAUUGGCCGCUAUUUUCCUGGAUAUAUUGCAAACGGCAAGUGUGACAAAUGCAGUUAUGCUGGAUUGUUUACUGAGAAGAAAUGCUUGGGGAACUGUGGUGAACCCUCUCAGAAAUGGUAUCACAUUCCCCGCGAUUGGUUAAGUCCAAGUGACAACUUAUUGGUAAUUUUUGAAGAAAUUGGUGGGAGUCCUGACGGGAUUUCUUUGGUUAAGAGGACUUGAUGGUGAUAUCAUCGUGAGGCUUUCUUUUGAGGCUGUUGUUAAGAUAGCCCACGGAUUCAAGCCCAUUUAAUAUUUGUUUGCUUUAUUUUUUUCUAUUUUUCUUGGCAAUGGCUCAAAUAUUUGUUUGAGAAACAGGUGGUUAUGUGAGAAAUUAUUUUAUGUGCGAGUGUAGGCAAGAGUUUUUUUUACCUCUGUUUCUCUUUAAAUAUUUGUGAUUUGUGAUUUGUGAUUUGUAGAGUACCAAAAUAUGAUAAAUGAAAGCCAAGGUUUUGUAUUGUCAAACUUCAUCA